AUGAGAAUAUUGAUACUCUUAUUAGGAAUCAUAGGACUAUGCUGCAAUGCUGCUGCUGAAGAAUUUCUUGUCCGCUUGAAAACGCCGAAAACUCUCGCGAAAUUAAUGGAAUCGAAAAUAGGAAACGGGCAAUUGAAAUCCAUUUUAGAGGGCAAAGUCUUGCGAUCAUUUUCAUUUGGCAAAUUCGAAGCAAUUGCAAUUGAUUUCCCAGCUGAGUGGGCUAGUAGGUUAAGAAAAAAUCCCCUGGUAGCCGAUAUUGUACCCAAUAUUAAAUUUAAUAUUUUUGAUGAAAACAAUAUUUUUACAAUUGAAGCAGCUAACCAAACCCGUUGUAGUAAGGGAAAGGCAAAACACAUUGAAUAUGAUGGCAAAGACAAAACUAAGAAACAGCAUGACGAAGAAGACGAUGACGACGAUGAAGAUGACGAAGAUCACUACGAGGAUGACGAAGAAGACGAGGAAGAAGAGGAGGAUGAUAUUGAUGACUCUGAUGAUCCGGUGAACGAUAUUGCCGUGCAGACUGAUGCGCCUCGGCACUUGGCAAGGAUCUCACGCAGGGGCCCUUUACCCUACAGCGAACUUGAUGAGGAUCCGGAAAAAUUUGAUUAUUACUACGACGAGGACUAUCUCGGAUAUUCUGUGAAUGCUUACAUAAUCGACACCGGAAUAUUCAAGGACCAUCACCAAUUCCAAGGACGUGCUCACUUCGGAGCUGACCUAGUAGGAGAGGGACCGGGUGACUUCAACGGUCAUGGAACUCACGUUGCCGGAAUUGUGGGAUCCGAAGAGUUUGGCGUUGCAAAAGAGGUGCGUUUGAUAGAAGUGAAAGCCUUGAACAAAGUAGGCCAAGGAAAUCUCACGACAGUGUUGAGCGCUAUCGAAUUUUCCGUCAAGCAUUGCAGGAGAAGCCGCCGAGGGUGUGUAGCCAACCUGAGCUUGGGGUCGUUCAGAAAUACAGUUUUGAAUCAGGCAGUGGAAGCUGCGAUGGAGUCAGGAUUAGUUGUCGUUGCAGCUGCAGGAAACUCCAACGCAAAUGCAUGUUGGAGUAGCCCAGCCUCAUCGCCAGCUGCAAUAACGGUGGGUGCUUUUGACGACCGCACGGACACCAUAGCGAGAUUUUCCAAUUGGGGGUCGUGUGUAGACAUUUUCGCUCCAGGCGUCACCGUGGAAUCACUGUCAAACGUUCCACCUUUUGAGCCAGUGACUUAUUCUGGAACCUCUAUGGCCUCUCCUAUCGUUGCUGGGCUUGCAGCUCUGCUUCUUGACAGUGGUGUGGAACCGCGCGACAUAAAGACGGCGAUCAUAGGGUUGGCCACUGAUGGGGUAUUCUUGAAGCGGACGCUGAUCUUUAAACCAGGCACCCCUAACAGAAUUGUGUUCAGUGGAGUCGACAAAGAAGACGAUUUCUUCGAAGACAGCAAGUAUCCAUUAGUGAACGUCGAAGAAUUGGUGAAAGACCUGGAGGAAUAUAACAGAGAUUUGCGAGUGUCCAAAGACGAUGCAAUCUUGCCCGUACGCAAACGAGCAGCAGUGACACUGGCACCUUGGGCGUGA